AUGCAGAAGGGCCUGCAGUCCAUGCUCUCCUCGUUGGUGUCCUGGGACCACGUGAGGAUGCUGCCAUGGCUUCUUGUCUUCUCAGUUCUGGUCCUCGGGGCCAGAGGACUAGCAGUCAGAGACUUGUCAGACGGGCUUCUGGACCUGUUUUCCAGCAUCUCACAGCUCAUUCAAAAGGGUCUCAAUGCAGAUGCCCCCACCAUUGUCUCCCGCAAUGAGUGGGGGUCAAGAAUGCUCACCUGCAGGGCCCAGCUGACCCAGCCUGUGGCGUACGUCAUCACAGACGAGCUCACGGGGAUGGAGUGCCAGGAGCAGAACCUCUGCAGUUGGAAGCUGCGUGGCCUGCAGUCCCAUUCUGUCUACACCAAAGGCUGGUGCGACGUGCCGUACAACUUCCUGGUUGGGGAUGAAGGCAGGGUGUAUGAAGGCGUCGGCUGGAACAUCCAAGGCUCGCACACCCAAGGAUACAACAAUGUCUCUCUGGGCAUCGCCUUUUUUGGCAGUAAGAUGGGUAGCAGUCCCAGCCCUGCUGCUUUAUCAGCCGCAGGGGGCCUCAUCUCCUAUGCCAUCCAGAAGGGCUACCUGUCAUCCAGGUACAUUCGGCCACUUAUCCUGCAAAGUGAGACCUGCCUGGUCCCUCAACAGCCAGUGAGGUCUAGGAAAGCUUGCCCCAACAUCGUCACACGGUCUGCUUGGGGAGCCAGAGAGACACUAUGCCCUAAAAUGAACCUCCCAGUCAAGUAUGUCAUUAUCAUCCACACCGCUGAGACAAGCUGCAAUGUGUCUGUGGACUGCCAGAUUCGCGUCCGAGAUAUACAGUCCUUUCACAUCAACGAUAGGAACUUCUGUGACAUUAGCUAUCAUGCCUGCCGACGCUCUCACACCUACGGAUACAACGAUAUUGCAUUGUCCGCAGCUCUCUUCCAGAGCAAUUUCACAGAAAGGGUACCGAACAACGCAGCCCUAGAAGCCGCCCAGAACCUGAUACAGUGUGCUGUCGAUGAGGGCUACCUGGUUACGGACUACCUCCUGGUUGGGCACAGUGAUGUGGUCAACACCUUGUCUCCUGGGAAGGCUCUGUACAACAUCAUUAAGACCUGGCCUCAUUUCAAGCACUGA